AUGCCGAUCGACCGUAGCCCGGGUACAAGUAGCGCGAGUGCGUCGACGUCAAAUGUAACGGCAUCAGAGAUAGCGGCGCUGAAAAGAAGGCGCGGAAUAAUAAAGGGUUCGUGCACGCGGAUAGAAACGUUCGUGAAUAGCGUGAACGCGGUAGAUGACGAUGCACGAGCGCAAUUGGAAGUAAGGCGCGCGCGCUUAGACCCAAUAUGGGAAGAUUACUGCAAGGUGCAGUCGCAAUUAGAGGCAAUAGACGAGGCCGAAAUAGAGGACAGAGUCGCGUUCGAAGACAACGUAUAUUCGUUGUGCGCGAGAAUGCGGCGAUUAUUGCGAAAUGACAGCGGUCAAAAUAGUCCGCGGGCCUCCACGCCAGUAUCAGCGCGAUCCGAGAGCGAAGCCGCAACAUACGUCCGUUUACCAAAAUUAAAUUUACCGUCUUUUUCCGGAAAGUACGAGGAAUGGUUCCCGUUCCAUGACACUUUUAUUUCGGUCAUACAUAAUAACAAAACAUUAUCUGACAUACAAAAAUUUCAAUAUUUACGGGCGUCGUUGACGGGUACAGCUCUCGACAUCGUCAAAACAUUAGAGAUAUCAAAUAACAAUUACGACCUUGCGUGGAAUAUUUUAAAAGAGCGUUAUAAUAAUAAGCGUGUAAUCGUGCAGAAACACAUAAAAGCGAUAUUCGAUUUAACGGCGAUUACGAAAGAAAGCGCGAGUGGCAUUCGGCAGCUGGCGGACGGUGCGGCGGCACACGUGCGCGCGUUAACUGCAUUGGACUGCAACGCCGACAAAUGGGACGCGUUGUUAAUAUAA